UCAUAGUUUAAGCGAAGAGAUGGCGCUAGUAGUAAUGUUUAUUAUGAGCAGGGGGAGUAACUCUCAAUAGCCUAAUGUUACUAUGUAUAUUUCAUAGUCAUGCCUGAUUCCCCGUAUUACACAAGUUAGUAGAUGUAUACAGCAGUCUGUGGAGCAUGAUAUUGUAAAGAUUUACGGUUCCACACUCGUUACCUGCGGAGUUUAAGGAUUCUUAUAACUACCCACCGCAUCAUCAGUACAUUCGCCACUGUUUUCAUUGCGAUCAUCAUAAACAAAUACUAAUAAGUAACACCACAUCGCACCCUCACUCCCUACGUUAGCGUGUGUGUGUGUGUCUUUGUGUAUAUAUAUAUAUAUAUACAUGUGUAUAUAUAUAUGCCACUCACAUAUAUACAUAGACAGAGGUUGAACAGACGGAGCGUCUAAGUUAUCAAACGAAAGCGGUGCACUAAUGUAUAAACAUAAGGGAUAGUAAAAAUAAUAAUACAAAAAAAGCAAAACAAAACAUAAACAGUAACUGGAUAUGAAGAGUGUAAAAGAAAUGGAACAGAGAAACAAGGAAAAGAGAACGGAGGAAUAAAUAGAGCGAGCGUUUUAUGUUAAGAGGGAAAAAAGAAAGCAAAAAACUGCAAGUUGAAGUUGUAAAAGAGUUUGGAAAGCAGCGAUGUUCUUUUGAUUUGCUAUACAUAUAUAUAUGUAUAUGUAUAUGUGUUUAUGUGUACCGACCACAUCUUGAUUCGAUAUCUAAAUAUUUUACGUUCCCUUGUUCUAUUCCAGAACUUGUGCACCACAGAAAUCUAAUGACAGCAGCAACAAGUGCAACAGCAGUGCAUUAAAACCUUUCAGCACAUUGUUGGAGUACCAGCGUUUCUGCUCAAAUGCAAUGAUGGAUUUCGGGUCGUAUUUCCAUGUGAACAUCUCCACUGUGGCACCGGGACUCUAUGCCUAUGUAUCCAUGCUAGACAUUAACUACAUGCGAUGGGUGUUAUGGCUGGUCUACCCAAUCAUUAUAUCUUUCCUUCUGCCACUCAUCCUUGCCUUCUGCCUCUUGGCCUCCAUCCUCUUCCUUCAUUUCUAUUCAUACCGACAUGGUCUACGCCAGGCCUAUGCUAAAGACUUCUGGCUUGGGGCUCGACAGAGUCUAGCGGUGCUCUGGGAUUUUCAUGGCUACAUAUGGCACAGUUAUGAAGUAGAAGGAUUUGAGAAUGUUCCCAGUUCAGGUCCGGCCCUUCUCAUCUAUUACCAUGGUGUUGUUCCCAUUGAUGUCUACUAUGUCAUGGCCAGCUGUAUCAUCCAUAAAGGUCGUACAAUCCGUGCCAUUGGAGACAGAUUCCUAUUUAAAUUACCAUUUGUCAGGAUUUUGAUGGAAGCUUUCAAAGUAUCCCCUGGUACAGUACAGAGCUGUAUAAACUUACUGAAUGAAGGACAUAUUAUAGCUAUUGCUCCAGGUGGUCUUCGAGAAGCCCUCUUUGGAGAUGAAUAUUACCAAAUUAUGUGGAGCAAACGAGUUGGCUUCGCUAAAGUUGCACUCAAAGCGAAUGUGCCCGUUAUACCAAUGUUCACUCAAAAUAUCCGAGAAACAUUCCGAACUCCAUCCUGGAGUAGAAAUAUCUUAAGAAAGCUCUAUGAGAAAACAAGAUGGCCUCUCCUCCCAAUUUAUGGUGGAUUCCCAGUAAAAUUAAAAACCAUAUUUGGUGAACCAAUUUAUCCUGACCAAUCAGAAAGUCCAGAAGAAUUUGCUAAAAAGGUUGAAUGUAAACUGCAAGAGUUGAUCAGUAAACACCAGAGAAUUCCUGGCAGCAUUCUACAAAGUUUAUUGGACAGAGUUGUUAAGAGGAAACCCAAGCAGUCAUGACAGGAUUACAAAGACUCUGACGGAGAUUUAGCAAAUUCCUGUGACCUUUCUUCCUCUUCUAUGAUGACGUUGAUGGUGAUGGUGAUUAUGAUGAUGGAGAUGAUAAUGGUGGUGUUGAUGAUGGCAGUGGUGGUGGUGGUGAUGUGAUCAUGUAGUUGAUGAUGUUGAUGUUGAGGGCAAUUGUGAUACAACUAUGACAAUUAUGGCAAUGGAGGUGAUGAGGAUGAUAAUGACAUUUGUAAUGAAGAUGGUGACAACAGUAACAAUGAUGAUAAUGAUGAUGAUGAUGACCAACACAUUUCUAUACUGCUGCUACAUUCAUUUAUAUCUUAUCCCAGUCAUAUCUUAACCUCUGGUUCUCCUCUCCUCUCUUCCACUUCACCACAUUCUACCUAAUUACCUGUUUUUGAUAAGUGUAAUUAUCAUUGGGUUUCUCCCACUUUACCCACUCUCUCUCUCUCUAUCUCUCUCUUACAUUCCUCUCUUGCAGUCUUCCUUUCUCUGUCUGUCUAUGGUCUCACACUCUCUCUCAAACAUUAUCUCUGGCCCACAGACAGGCUGUCUCCUCUCGCAGACAUUUCUACUGCUACAAUACUGGCCUCUGAACUUUAGAGUUGGCUGGUCUUGUGUUGAAUCCACUCAAGAACUCUGGAUUCACUCAUCUUCCUUCUUUCAUUCCCCCAUAUUGUGUGUUUGAUAAAACAAGCCUCUUCUUUUCCUACUACAUCCAGCCCUUUCUUUAUGACAAUUUACACUGGAUGUUAACUACAUCAAUGUCACUGGUCUUAGAGGACCCUCAGAGACCAUACAAGAACUUCAGAGACCAUACAAGAACUUAAGAGACCAUACAAAACCUUCAGAGACCAUACAAGACCUUCAAAGGUCAUACAAGACCUUCAGAGAUUAUACAAAACCUUCAGAGGCCAUACAAGACUUUCAGAGACCAUACAAGAUCUUCAGAGAACAUAUAAGACCUUCAGAGACCACACAAAACCUUCAGAGACCAUACAAGACCUUCAGAGACCAUAUAAGACCUUCAAAGACCAUACAAGGCCUUCAAAGGCCAUACAAGACCUUCAGAGGCCAUACAAGACCUUUAGAGACCAUACAGAACCUGACCAGAUUGAACUAAUACAAAUAAAAAAAUCACACAUUCUCCUUCAUUCCCUGUGUCUCUCUUUGCCUCUCACUUUCACCUUCAUCCCCUCCCCUCAUUCUUAUUCAUUUCCACACACUCCUCUCAUCAUCCAUCCUCAUUCACACUCACCAUCUCUCACUCAUCUGCACACUCACCAUUCCUGUCUCAGUCACUCUGGCUAGCCUCUAACUACCACAACAAACCCCUCUCCAAGCAAUAAAAUUGCUGUAACAAUCAAUGCUUUAUGAGGGAUGGACCAGAUAUAUUUUAUUUAUGAUAGGGGUGCUGGACUGAUCCAUUUUGUUUUUUAUAGAAAUGAUCAAAUUAGACCAAUUUAUUUUUACUUUCCCUUUUUCCUUUAUAUAUUUUUAAAAGCCAU